AUGACAGAAAAUGGUGUGGGCAAAUUUUUCCCCAAACAGAUGAAUAUUACAGAGCGGAGAUUGUCUGGAUUCUGUACAAACGAAGUUGGUUUUCUACUUGACUUUAAUGGAGUUGCAUCCACACCAAAAAGUGCUCUACUCAAUUUUACUGGUUCAGCAAGUUCUAUCGAUCAAAAUUGUAAUGGAAAAUAUUUAUCAAUAAUAGCUGGAUCAAAUUUUUGUAUUUUUGAUUUACAUAAAGGUGCCAUUUUGCGCGAAUUCCAUGAACACGAUGGUCCCAUUUUAAGUAUUGCUUGGCAUCGUACAAGCCCUUGGCUGCUUGCGAGUGUUGGCAUGGAUUCGACUUUACGCCUUUGGGAUUUGCGUUUACACCCUGCUCAAUUACAAAUGCGGCGAACAGCACGGCCCUUCACUUGUUUGGAAUAUUCUCCAGAUUGUAAUUAUAUAGCAUGCGGGGGACAAUUUAUUUCAGUAUUUGAUUUGAAUAUGACACAAUCUGUUCAAUAUAUGCCCUGCAAUUCACCAGCAACCAACAUUCGAUUUAAUCCUGCCGAAUGCUUGUUGGCAACAUCACAUGAAGAUCAAACAGUUCGUUUUUGGGACAUAGAUACAGGAGAAUGCGUUACUCAAUCACCCUCAUUUGAGCGAAUUGUGGGGCAAAUCUGUUUUCCACCUGAUGGGAAAUAUUUAAUAGUUAAUAUUGGAACAAAAAUUUGCUCUAUUAGAUGGGAACCAUUUGAAUUGUUAUCUCAAGUUUCAUUUCCAUUUGGUGGUCAUUUCCCUAUUAAUACUUCUUUACAAUUUCCUAAUGAUUUGAAUGAAUUUACACCACUUACACAUUUAGACAUAAAAGUCCAAAAUAAUUUAAUGUUUGGGCUAAGUAUUGUAAAUGAAGAUUCUGACAAGAUUGGUACUGUUUGUCUUUCAACAAUUAGUUUAGAUGUAAGUUUUUUUUUUAAACUUAUAAGUACAAUAGUUGUUAUUUUUAAUUACUAUAAUUUAACAAAAUCGUCUUGA